CAGCGUCAUUUGACGUAAUGUGAAGGCGCGCGCGAAACUCCUGUGAGCUCCCUCUGCUCGUGUGUUUGUUUUCAGCUUUAACUCUCGAGUUUAAAGGCUUCUGGACAUUUAAUAUUUGGAUAUGGAAACUCCGAAACGACUCUUUCGUGUUCACGGGGAAUAGUUUGAACGAUAUUCGACGUUUUUCCUAUUUAGACGGAGAACUGGAGCUUGUUUUGGUCUCGUUUGUGUUCUGAACUGAACGUUGGGCUAACGGUUGAACUGUUUUUAGCACACUGACCUCUGAAGGAGGAACACACACAUGUGAAGAUGACAGCGUUGUUGCAGCAUCCUGGAUACGAGGAGGAGAGGCUGCAGAGGGUCGCUGAGAAGCUGCCCUGCAGGGAGGUCCAGGCUGGGACGCUGCUGUCGCUCAUGGGACAGCCACAGCAGUACAGCUUCCCCUCCAUCUUCAUCUAUGGUCAUCGAGCUUCAGGGAAGAGUCACGUGCUGCAGGUUCUGCUGAAAGAGCUAGAGCUUCCUCACGCCACGGUCAGCUGUGUUGAAUGCGUUUCUGUGGCGUUGCUGUUUGAACAAGUGCUGCUGUCUUUCUUCGGCUGCGACGCCGCCUCGCUGCUCCCCCGCAGUCCCUCCCUGUCUGACUUUGUACGCGUCUACAGACAGCAGAGCGCCGAGUCUCCUGCCAAGCAGACGCGAUACAUUGUGAUUGAGAAAGCUGAGCUGUUGAGAGACACAGACGCCAACCUCCUCCCCGCUCUCCUGCGUCUUCAGGAACUGGUCGAGGACAACGUCACCAUCAUCCUGCUCAGUGAGAUUGUCUGGGACAAAUUCAGACCCAACACGGGAAGCAUGGAGCCGCUGCUGCUCCAUUUCCCCGACUACAGUAAAGGAGAGCUGCAGCAGAUCCUGUCCCAGGACAGACAUCCUUCACACUCGGCCGAGUUUUACUCGUCCUACAUCAACAUCCUCCUGGGAGUCUUUUACUCGGUGUGUCGGGACCUCCGAGAGCUGCGCCACCUGGCCGCUCUCAACUUCUCAAAGUUCUGUGAGCCGCUGGCCGAGGGAAAAGUGAAAGACACCGACACACACAAGCUGUGGAGGAACAUCGAGCCUCAUCUGAAGAAAGCCAUGCAGACUGUUUACCUGCGUGAAGUGUCCAGUCUUCAGUGGGAGCAGAUGCAGCAAAUGGAGGAGAGGGAGACCGGAGCUGUAAGAGGUUUAUCAGCUCACACUCAUGUUGAACUCCCGUACUACUCCAAGUUCCUGCUGAUCGCUGCCUACCUGGCGUCCUACAACCCCGCCCGCACAGACAAACGCUUCUUUGUAAAGCACCACGGGAAAAUCAGAAAGACUAACUUUCUAAAGAAGAAUGAAAAGACGAGUAACCAUCUCCUGGGACCGAAGCCCUUUCCUCUGGACCGCCUGCUCGCCGUUUUCUACAGCGUGGUGGACAACAGAGUCGCCCCCACCGCCAGCAUCUUCUCUCAGAUCUCCUCUCUGGUGACCUUACAGCUGCUCACUAAGGUCAGCCACGACGACCAGCUCGAUGCCCCCAAGUUCAAAUGUGCCGUCUCCAUGGACUUCAUCUGUGCCAUCUCCAGAACGGUGAAUUUUGAAAUCGUGAAGUAUCUGUACGACUUCCUGUGAAGCUGCUGAGAGAGAGGAGAGACGAGACGGUGACAGAAAGACAAAGAGGAUCAAGAAAACUGAUGAGGAGAGCAUUGUUGGGAGUUAUGUAGAGGAAAACUAAUCCAAUUAUGUCGCUGCCCCCUGGUGGUCAAAAGAGUCUCUGCACCCGAAUGUGAGAAAAGUUUACUUGAAAAUGUAACCGUGUUUAAUAUUUGCAUUUGUAUAAAAUAAAAGCCAUAUUUCUAACGCCA